GUAACACACGUGUGUAGUACUAUUUUACAUUCAAUAGAUUUAUACUAAAUAAAAAUUUCUAUUUAUAUGUGUGAUAAUUUUUAAUUCCAAAAAGAAAGAAACUUGGAGAAUAAUUACCCAAAAAUUAGCAAAGAUCAUGAAAUGAUACGACAGAGAUCGAUUCGAGCUUAUACGCCUUCUCCCCUUUCACAUCGGUUAAGACCCCAAAACCCAGCGUCCCACCAGAUCUUCAUCCUCCGCUGCCCACAACAUUCAAUUAGGGUUUUGCCAAUUGAUUGCAUGGGCAAUGGAGACAUUGCAGAGGAGAGUGGAGACAUGGAUCCGAGACCAGCGUACCAAAAUCCUCAAGGUGACGUGGCCUCCGCCGUGGAGGCUGGGGGUGAAGUGGCCGUGGCCGCCCAACGGCCGCCGCGAACAGCAGAAGAGGAUUCAGGAGGAGCUGGAGUGCCACAAGAAGCAAUUGCAGGAGCUCUGUUACGCCGUCAAGGCGGAGACGCUUUCUGAUUUGCAGGACAUCCUGUGCUGCAUGGUCCUCUCUGAAUGCGUAUACAAGAGACCUGUUGCUGAGAUGAUUCGGGCGGUGAACAAAUUUAAGGCUGACUUUGGUGGACAAGUAGUUUCAUUAGAGCGUGUCCAACCAUCUUCGGACCACGUUCCUCAUAGCUAUGCCGUCGACAUUUUGGAGUUUUUUCUUCAUCCUACGCUUCAUCCGUUUCUUGUUAGGUAUCUGCUAGCUGAAGCAGGAGACACUUUAUUUGCAUCCUUCAUUGGGACCAAGCAAUACAAGGAUGUCAUGGCUGAUGCAAAUAUAUUUCAAGGUGCCAUAUUCCAUGACAGUGCAAUGGCAAAUGUUAAUGAAAGUGAACAAACAGAACUAACCAGUCAAGUGGAUAAUGGGGAGAAUGGGUCAAGACCUAUAGAAACAAACCCUAAGCAAGAUAACUCUACACCCAUGCCUGCUGUUCAUCGGGGAUUUAUGGCACGCGCUAAAGGGAUACCAGCAUUGGAGUUGUACAGGCUAGCACAGAAGAAGAGACGGAAGCUUGUGUUAUGUGGGCAUUCACUUGGUGGAGCAGUAGCUGUCCUUGCCACCCUGGCUAUUUUAAGGGUUAUUGCUGUUACAUCAAAAGAAGCAGAAAGGGUUCAGGUGAAGUGUAUAACGUUCUCCCAGCCUCCGGUAGGAAAUGCUGCACUUAGAGAUUAUGUUAAGGGAAAAGGAUGGCAAAAUCAUUUUAAAACCUAUUGUAUUCCUGAAGACCUGGUUCCGCGCAUAUUAUCUCCAGCAUAUUUUCAUCACUAUAACUCACAGAACCCCUCAGUACCCACUACUGUAGGAACUUCACUCACAGUGACACAGUAUAAGGAAGCAAACGAAAAGCAGAAUGUGGAAAGACUGAAAGAGAAAGAAGGGGGCCAAUUGGUUCUGGGUUUAGGUCCCGUGCAGAAUUCUUUUUGGAGACUCUCGAGACUUGUUCCCAUUGAAGGUUUUAGGAGGAAGUUCUAUAAUAGGGGAAGGACUGUUGAUCCAGUUGCAACCUCUAUAGUUACUGAUUCUGCUGCCACAUCAGCUAUUGAGGAAAUAGUUACUGCUCCACAGUCACUCGAAAUCGAAGAGGGUUCUGAUGGGAUUUCUCUCCGGCCAUUACCUGAAAAAAAUGAAGAGAUUUCUGGAGGAUUCAAAAAUGAAAAAGUAUCUGGACAUGGUGGCACUAGCAAUGGGGACAAGAAGGCAUGGCGGAGCAUACCUUCUUUACCUUCAUAUGUACCAUUUGGACAACUUUAUCUCUUGGGAAAUUCAUCUGUGGAAUCACUAUCUGGUUCAGAAUACUCAAAAUUGACAUCGGUCAGAUCUGUAAUUGCUGAAGUAAAAGAGCGGUUUCAAUCACAUUCAAUGAAGUCAUACAGAUCCCGGUUUCAAAAAAUCUACGAACUCUGCAUGAAUGAUAAUGCAUUCUCAUUCCUGGGGAGGGAGCAAGAGCUGCAAUUCCCACAAUUGCAAAAAUGGAUAGGAAUUUCAGUUUCUGGUACGGUUGAACUUGGACAUAUUGUUGACUCUCCAAUUAUUCGAGCAGCUACUUCUCUGGUUCCCCUCGGGUGGACCGGUAUUCCCACUGACAAGAAUGGAGAACCCCUCAAAGUAGACAUAUCUGGCAUUGGAUUACAUCUAUGUACACUGAUUCAAGCUCGAGUGAAUGGUAAAUGGUGCUCGACUACUGUGGAAUCCUUUCCUUCUCCACCAGCAUAUUCUCAGCAGCACGAACUGCAACCAGAAAUGCAAAAGAUGCGAAUACUGGUUGGAGCUCCAUUUAGACGGCAACCAAAACAUCAAAUAUCCGAGGAUGGGUUGAUGCCCUCUUUUCUGUCUAUCGAUCCAAGCUCGGUUGACCUGAAACUAAACCAAGUCAACCCUCCAGAAAUGGAGGACAAAAAAGGCAUCAUUCCUGAUGGUCUGGGUGAUUUUGUUGUAUUUUGCACGACCGAUUUUUCAACUGUCGCCAAAGAGGUUCACGUGAGAACCCGAAGGGUGCAGUUAAUCGGCCUCGAGGGUGCUGGUAAAACCUCUCUUCUCAAGGCAAUUUUGAGUCGGGGAAAAAGUAUUAGUCUCGAGACUCUUCCAAUGGAUACUGAUUUGCAAGAAGGUAUCACUGGCGGUUUGUUCUAUUCAGAUUCCGCAGGAGUAAAUUUGCAGAAUCUGAAUUUGGAGGCAUCCCGUUUUCGUGACGAGCUGUGGAAGGGAAUCCGUGACCUGAGCCAGAAAAUCGACCUAGUGGUCCUCGUGCACAACCUGUCCCACCGAAUACCACGCACCACCGCCACAUCCUCACAAAACCCACCGCCCCCCGCUCUCUCACUGCUCCUAGACGAGGUCAAGUCUCUCGGCAUCCCGUGGGUCCUUGCUGUCACCAACAAGUUCUCGGUAAGCGCACACCAGCACAGGUCAGCAGUCGAUGCUGUGAUACGCGCGUACCAAGCUUCCCCUGGCUCGACCGAGGUCGUCAAUUCGUGCCCCUACGUGAUGCCCAGCCCAGCUGGCGAGGCCCGACUGCUUUUCAACCCCAUGAAUCUAGUCAGCUAUGGACCUUUCCGGAAGAAGCCGGCUGUUCUCCCUGUUGAGGGCGUGGCGUCUCUGUGCCAGCUUGUCCACCGGGUGUUGCGUAGCAACGAGGAAGCUGCUUUGCAGGAAUUGGCGAGGGAUCGGAUUUUGAUGGAGUUGGCAAGGGAACGUGCUGCAGCAGAUAGAGAGACGACGGAUAAAUCGAACUCAUUAAGUGCGGCAACGAUUGGUGCAUCGGUUGGGGCGGGAGUCGGGAUCAUAUUGGCGGUUGUCAUGGGAGCAGCCUCCGCUUUGAGGAAGCCAUGAAAAUCUUUUAGUUUCAGGUGGACGUGUUUAUUCUUCUUCUUCUUCUUCUUCUUC